GAAGCCGGGCGCCGCCGGCGCAAAUCGCUCUUCCGGAAGCGCGGGACGCUUGGUUUGUGGUGGCUUCGCUUUGGAUGCUGUGCCGUACUACCGUUAGAGGCUCUGUUUCCCUGAGACUUUUAGAGUCUCAGGCCAUUUGAGGCAUUUGAGGCCAUUUGAGGCGAAAUGGUUCCGGGCGAGAGAGGAUCAGGCGGUGGCAAUGGAGGGGCCGCCGCCAUCUCAGGCUGUCCGUAGGGAAAAAGCCUGAGGGGCCCUCGCAGUCGUUGAAGCCUGCGCUUUCUUCCUUUGCCGGGCCCUGCCUACCGCGAAGAUGAGUUCGGUCCCUUCUUUCGAGAAGGAGCAUCUCUGGAUGUAUCUGCGGGCGCUCGGCUUCGAGCCGGGCUCGGCGACCGUAGCCGGUGGAAAGAUCGUGUCGCACACGCACCUCGGAGUGAACAUGUUUGACAAGUUGAACCGUGAUGCCUUUCAUAUAGUUUCUUAUUUUUUGUUUCAAACGCUUGACCAGUCUCUCACUAAAGAAGUUUUCAAACUUUGUUGGCCUCCAUUUGACCAAAAAAGUGAUACUGAAUUCCGAAAACAUUGCUGUGAAUGGUUAAAAAAGAUUUCUGCUGAAUGUGGAAGUAGCUUCCCUCAAGUUGUUGGUUCACUAUUUCUUUCUCCUGGUGGUCCUAAGUUUAUUCAUCUGAUGUAUCACUUUGCAAGAUUUGUUGCAAUAAAUUAUAUAAAAACCCAUUCUAAAAAUUCUUCUGUACAUUUUACAGAGACAUUUAACGUAAAGCCACAAGAUUUGCACAAGUGCAUGGCCAGAUGCCAUGUAGCACGUAACAGAUUUUUACAAAUUUUGCAAAGAGAAGAUUGUGUUACCCGAAAAUACCAGGAAAAUGCACAAUUAUCAGUUAAACAAAUAGAAAAUUUGAGAUCAGAAUGUAUAGGACAGCAAAACCAGAUAAAAAAAAUGGAACCUUAUGAUGACCAAAGUAAUAUACAAGAGAAAAUUCAAAAGGUUCGGUCUUUGUGGGCUUCAGUGAAUGAAACACUCAUGGUUUUGGAAAAAGAGAGAGAAGUUGUUAGUUCAGUCCUUAAUGUUGUUAACCAAUAUACUUUAGAUGGAACUAAUGUUGCUAUCAAUAUUCCAAGGCUCUUACUUGACAAAAUUGAGAAACAAAUGUGUCAGUUGCACAUAGGAAAUGUUUAUGAGGCUGGAAAAUUGAAUCUCUUAACAGUUAUUCAGUUAUUAAAUGAAGUCUUGAAAGUAAUGAAAUACGAACAUUGUCAGGCUAACCAAGCACGACUGACAAUAGACCUUCACUUCCUUGAAAAAGAGACCAAAGUUCAGAGAGAAAGAUUGUCAGAUCUGAAGCAUAUGAGGUAUAAAAUAAAAGCAGAUCUCACAACUAUAAGACAUUCUAUUGUUGAAAAACAAGAAGAAUGGCAUAAAAAUUGGAAAGAAUUUCUUGGCCUGUCUCCUUUCAGUCUAAUUAAAGGUUGGACUCCAGCUGUGGAUCUUUUACCACCUAUGUCUCCCCUUUCGUUUGAUCCUGCCUCAGAAGAAGCAUAUGCGAAGAGUAUUCUUUUGCAGUACCCUGCUUCACUUCCAGAUACACAUAAGCAACAUAUCCAGGAAAAUGAUUGCAGAAGGGCAAGUGAUAUACUGGAAACUAAAUGUGAUCUAGCCAACAGAAAGAAAAACACCGGCAUGCUUGAUGUUGAAGGUGGUUUCUGUGUGAAAAGAUGCAUAAGGUUUUCACGUUUACCAAAAGGGGCAAGAGAAUCUAAGAGAUUAAGGAACACUGUGGAAUGCCGCAAAUUCGAAUUGAAUAACCUUAUGACUUUACUCCCUGCUUCUUUCCUGUUGCAGCCCGUUUCACCAUCAGAUAGAAACAGUGUUACACUACUUGAAAAGGACACGAAGUUGACGACUCCUAGAGAGAAAAAUGAAACAGUUUCUAAGAAAACACCAGAAUUUGAAGUGGAAGACUCUUCAUCAUCAAAUAUUGCAAAGAGCAGUGCACUUGGAGGGUCUCUGCCAGCUGAAAAAAGUGAUCCAUUCCAAAAAGAGCAAGAUCAUCUGGUAGAAGAGGUUGCAAGGGCAGUUUUAUCUGAUUCACCACAGCCUUCUAAAGGAAAAGAAGUAAUAUUAGAGGAACUAAUUGACUCUCUAGUUUCCAACCCGUUCUUAACAAGGAAUCAAAUUCCCCGAACUCCAGAAAACUUGAUAAGUGAAAUUAGGAGCUCAUGGAGAAAAGCUGUUAAAAUAGAAGAUAACAGAAGUACAGAACCAAUUCAAAUGGAUACUGAACAUAGAGAAGUAUUACCGGAAUCCUUACCUAUGGUGCAUAAUCAAAAAGAGCUUAAUAUGGACAGUUUUUUCUCAGCAACCACUGUGUCCAAUUCUAGCCAUUCUCAUUUGCCUGAAGAGAAAGUUGUUUCAGAUUGCCUCAAGUGUGUGCUUAAGAAACCUGUGGUAACCAGUUGCAUAGGUGAACCAACAACACAAAAUCUGUCAGAUUUGUUAAAUAAGGACAUAAUUUGUAAGCAAGAUUUGGAAUGUACAGCUUUACAGAACAAGUUUUUAGAAACUAGCCAAAUAGAGACAUUCUCCCCUGCUAUAGGCAAUAGGAGAGAUGUGAUAGGUAGCAGUGAAGAAGAGUAUAUUAAAAUAUCAGACUACUCGAAACCUUCUUACACAGAUCUUUCCAUGCAUAAAAGUAUGUUAUGGAACUCUUUUCAGAUAUCAAGUGGAAUUAGUUCCAAUUUUAAAGAUAGUGAUUUUGGCAUAUUACAUGAAACUCUUCCAGAAGAAGUUGGUCACUUAAGUCUUAAUAGCUCCAGUAGUACAGAGGCCAAUUUUAAACUGGAACCAAAUAGUCCUAUGCACAGCAGCAUUAUCCCAGAAGGUGCUGUGGGAGGAAGACAGAAUACUCCAAAAUCAGACUUUAAUUUACAGGCUACUUGCAGUGGAUAUGAGGCUCUGAAGAAAUCUCUGCCCAAGCAAAGGGAAGAAAUUUGCCUCUCUAAUCCUGAAACACUUGAAAGACACAAACCAGAAUUGAGCCUUACUUCCCAAUACAUGCAAACUGAUGAUAUGCUUAACUUUUCGGGCACUCAAGAUUCGCACAUUGACUAUACAAAACCAUCUUCACGCAUGUCCCUUGGUGAAGGAAAACAGUCUCUUUCACCACUAAUCAAGUUUUCUCCAGUGGAACAAAGAUUGAGGACCACAAUACCAUGUAGUCUUGGAGAACUUCUACCUAAUUUAACAGUCAAUUUUGCAGAAGAUAUCUUGAAUAAGAGCCUUGAUUCAAAAGAAUCUCCAUCCGACUUGAAAGAUGAAGCAGUAGCCCAGUCAACUUAACUAUGAUGAACUUAAGUUGAAGCAAUGUCGCAGGAUAAAAACAUUUGUAAUUUAAAUACACAUUGGAAGUGUAACUUUUGCAGGGUCUAAAAAAGUCCUAAAUAAUGCUUUUUAGCCUUCUCUACUGAUUUUAAGUAAGGAGAGUAUGUUUGGAUUUUCUCUCUCUCUGUAUGGAUAUGGGGUUGAAAUAUGAAGUAUUUGGGAAGCAAACAAGUUCUGAGAAGCCAUUUUGGUUUCUUGCAUAAUCUUGUAAGCAUGAAGUAAAUGGCAAAGUAUUAGGUUAACUAAUUCAUUAUGUUCUAAUUUCAGUUAAUUAACAUAAGGAUGAGUAGUUUUUGAUGUGUUUUAUUAAGUGGUUAACUUAAUAGCCAUUGGAUAUACUGAUCUUUCUUUUUAGGGAAAUAAACAACUUUUAUUGUUUCUUUUUACAACAUUCUGGUACUGAACAAAAAAAGUGAGGAAAUUAAUGCUUUGGGGUGUAUAAUCAAAAUGACAAAGGUUAAGUUUGGGAAAGCUCUAAAGAGGCUUAAUGAUUAUUCAGGUAGGUUGAUCCUGAAAAAUGAUGUUUGAUGGAAUAAAGUGCAUGUGACGAUAGUGAAGACUGGAGCAGAAUGAAUUUAGAAAAAAGGAAAAAGGCAGAAGAUGACUAGAUACUUUUGAGGGACACUAACUAUAAAUCCAUUCAGUGGGUUGUAUAGCAGUUUUAUAUUAGUCUAAUUUAGACUUUGAGAAUUUAACUCUAGUUUUUUAUUUUAACAGAAAAAAAUGUAAAUUAAAAAAUUAGUCUGGUUUUUUUUGGAGGGGCACUGUUUUUGGGGAAGGGAGCUAAUUUUUUAAAUUUUUAAAUAUUUUAAAAUUUUUUAUUGGAGUAUAAUUGCUUUACAAUGUUGUGUUAGUUUCUGCUGCACAGUGAAGUGAACCAGCUAUACUCCUACACACAUCCCCUCCCUCUUGGACCUCCCUCCCCCCAACUCCCCAUCCCACCCAACUAGGCCAUCACAGAGCACCAAGCUGAGCUCCCUGUGCUAUACAGCAGGUUAAGGGAGCUAAUUUUGAUUGUUACUUUCCUCCUCAAAAACCAUCAGUUCCCCACUGCCUACAGAAUAGCUUCACAUUAACUUGAGAAAAUUGAAUUUGCGGUUAAAUAACUUGUUCAGUGUUACACAGCUAAGUCAGUGGUGAAGCUAGGAUUUGACCCUAUUUUCCUUCCUUAAUAUACUAACAAGACCUCCUAGAAGUAACUAAAAGGCCAGGAUGUAGGAUAUGGCUGCAGGAGUGGGCCUUCUGGACUCUAAAUGGGAGUCAGAUGUGAGGCCUUUUGUACAGUGUCCUGCCUCAUGUAGUUAGACCCCCCUGGCCAAGAAAAGGGCUUGUCUUUAGCAUCCAAGUGAAUACAUGCCAUUGCCCUCUGCGAACCAGGAGGUUAAGCACACACUGGAAGAGUGAUAGCACCUACAGCACCCCUGUGUCUAGCCUCAACUCUUAACUAUCACAGCCUUGUCCAGUUUGCCAAGAAACUGGCAAGAAGAGGAGAAAAGUUGAAGAGUUCUGGAAGUGGAUGGGCUUAAUACUUCAUCUUUCUUCACUCAUUUUGGCUUACCUUCUCUGUGUUGCUUGUUUGAUCCAAGUUUGAAGGCCAUUCUUUUUUUGUGAGAAAAGACAGAAGAAAAGCACAAAUAACUACCUUCUUUGCAGUGGAAAAGAAAGAGGAAAAGCUUCUCCUAAGGUGCCAUAUUCUAUUAGUUAACAGAACAAAUAGGGACUCUCUAAGUCUACUCGGAAACUGUCCUCUAGUCUUAAGAAACCUAGUAUUGGUAAAUCCAAAAUUAACAUGCUAAGGAGAAGGUAGAGCUAUCAUAUUAGCAUCUACAAAGGGCCAGAGCUAUUCCUGGAUACUUAAUAUAUCAUUUAAUUCUUAUACCUCUGUGAGAUAGUGAUAUUGUACCUAUUUUACACGUAAUGAUACCAAAGCUAGGGAGCUUAAAUGACUUGUCUAAGAUGGACUUGAGAAAUUACCUGGGAUACAUCUUAAAAAAACAUAUAUUCUGUAGGUCUAAAGUGAGGAUUAGAAAUCUGCAUUUUAAAUAGCUUCCCUGGUAAUUCUUAGGCUCAAUGAAAAGCUUGAGAGCCACUGCUAGGGGAUACAGAUUCACAUUUAGCCCUGGGGUAUCUUAAAGAAGCUAGGUACACUAUUACAUUCUGCUUUAGAGAUCUUAGCUCUCCGAUAAGGAAGCUGAAGUUCAUCAAUAAGUGUGGGCUCUGAAUUAAUGGGAAUCAAGACCAAAAUAUCUUUGGAUAUUAAUGGAUUUACAAAAACCACAU